GCAACGAACCCACCAAGUUGUCCUAACCCCUAUGGAGUUCUGCUUCAACCUCAUCGCUUCAGGAACUGGAAACCAAGCUGAGGGCGGAGAAUUCGGAGUCCGGCGAUGGCGUGAGUUGACCCCCUGAUGACCAACUGGCCGCCUCUCGGAUGGUCUGCCUGGCCACCAUGGAGCUCAAAGUCUGGGUUGACGGCAUCCAGCGAAUCGUCUGCGGGGUCACCGAGGUCACCACCUGCCAGGAGGUGGUCAUAGCCUUGGCCCAGGCCAUAGGUCGCACGGGAAGGUACACUCUCAUCGAGAAAUGGAGAGAGACAGAGAGACACCUGGCCCCUCACGAGAACCCCGUGAUCUCCUUGAACAAGUGGGGCCAGUACGCCAGCGACGUGCAGCUGGUCCUGAGGCGCACGGGCCCUUCCCUCAGCGAGCGGCCCACGUCGGACGGCGGGGCCCGUGGGCCCGAGCGCACUCUCUACCGCCAGAGCCUGCCACCCCUGGCCAAGCUGAGGCCCCCGGGCGACAAGCCCAUCAAGCGGCGGGAGCCCAAGAGGAAGUCGCUGACCUUCACGGGCGGAGCCGCGGGGGCUUCCCAGGUCAAAGCCCAGCCGCCACCGGGCCGCGGCCCCGCCGCCAUCAGGGCGGCCCCUCCUGAGCCGAGGAGGCCGGCCCCACCGCAGACGGACAAGGCCCCGCUCGGCUCCCCGCUGCGGGACGAGAUCGUCCGGCUGGAGCAGAGGAUCAAGCGGAACGAUGUGGAGAUCGAGGAGGAGGAGUUCUGGGAGAACGAGCUGCAGAUCGAGCAGGAGAACGAGAAGCAGCUGAAGGACCAGCUGCGCGACAUCCGCCAGAGGGUCCUCGAGUGGGACGGGAAGCUGAGGGGUUACCUGGCCCAAAUCCACAGCAUGGAGAGCGGCCUGCAGGCCCAGAAGGCGCAGCGGGACGGGCGCGAGGAGGAGGCCCGCGCCGGCGACCAGCAGGUCAAGGGCCAGAUCGGGAGAGUCCGGGGGGAGAUCGACCUGCAGGGACAGCAGAGCCUCAGGCUGGAGAACGGCAUCAAAGCCGUCGAGAGGUCCUUGGGACAAGCCGCCAAGAGGUUACAGGACAGGGAACAGGAGCUGGAGCAGUUGACCAAGGAGCUGCGGCAGGUGAACCUCCAGCAGUUCAUCCAGCAGACGGGCACCAAGGUGACCGUCCUGCCCGCCGAGCCCCUGGACGGCGAGGCGCCAGUCGCGGACGCAGAAGCAGAGACAGCAUUCCAGUCUGGGUCCCUGAAGCACCCCAGUUCAUCCCGCCAGUUGCCUAGUAACCUCCGGAUUCUGCAGAAUCCCAUGUCAUCCGGAUUUAACCCUGAGGGCAUUUACGUAUAACGCCGUCCGGGUCUUUUCUGGGAAGGACCGUCCUACUUUCCGAGGACAGCACCCAUCUCUCCCUGUGAACAUUGCCAAGAACGGACGGACUUAUGCUUUUCUUUUUUUGUUUUUACUCCUCCUGUUUUCCCUACCAAUUGGAGCCAUAUCUGUGCACUGAUGCUAAAGAACAAAGGAACUCUGUCUGCACACAUCCGCAGUGUUGAAGUUCUGUCCCGCAGUUGCAAUGCAAAAGCCGUCAUUUUUAUUUUUUGUUUUUCCAUUUUGGAAGCUGGUAAGGCAAAAAAAAAAAACAGUAUUAUACGGUGUUCGUGUGUAAAUAAAACACGGACGGAAGAGAAUGAAGAAAAAGCAUGCUACAACUGAUUUAAGGAUUAAUUUAUUCCACUUAACCGAUGUGAGCAGGAAUGUUCAUUUUUGAAUUCUUUUUGUAAUUGCAUACUUUGUGACUAAUGAGUUAAGUUACUGUAUGAAUCUGAUUUUGUGUAACCGCCCUUUCUGCCAAAAACCAGAGAUUCACAACUGCAGAAAUGUUGUGGGGUGCUCUGCCUUCUAAGAUAUUGUCAGCAAGACCACUGAGUUUGUUUUGUGAAUCCCUUUGUACUCCUCAUUUCGAGGUUUUGUCACAGCAGAAGAAGACGGGCUUUGAUCCCCUUGAUUCCUCCUGCAAUUCUGGAAUUUCCACCUUCCUCGGUAAGGAUGUUCCCCGUGGAUCAAUAAGGAUGCACUAAUAAUAAGAAGUAUAAUUUUAAUUUUGUCACGCGCUUACUCUGUGUCAAGCACUGCUUUAAAUGCUGGGGUACAUAUGGGUGAAUCACGUUGGACCCAAUCCCUGUCCCUCUUGGGACUCACAAACCAAGGAGGUAGAACAAGAAUCGAAUCCCCAUUUUUACACUUGAGGAAACCGAAGCCCAGAGAAUAAUAAUAAUAAUAAUAAU